AUGACGAUAAUGAAAAUUUUAACAACUAAAGGGAGUAAUCCUACAAUUGCAUUGAAACAAUUUCACAGAUACUUGAACACAACAAAUAAACUUUCGUUACUGAAUCAGAUAGAACUUGCUCCUCCUGAUAAGAUUUUAGGCCUUACCGAAACAUUUAAUAAUGAUGUAAAUCCUUCAAAGGUUAAUUUAACGGUCGGGAUAUAUAAAGAUAAUCAUGGUAAAGUGACAACUUUCCCAUCAAUUGCCAAAGCGCAAAAAUUGAUAGAUAGAGAAUUAGGCUUGAAUAAAAAUUUAUCUUAUUUACCUAUUAAAGGUGGGAAGGACUAUGCAGAAAAUGUGAAACAUUUUCUCUAUGAUGAAUCAUGUUCCCCAACAAAUAAUUUAAUUGAAGGAAAUAGAAACAAUUAUGGUAAACAAUUAUUAGACAAUGAUAGAAUAUCUUUUGCUCAAACUUUGAGUGGUACAGGUGCUCUGGCUAUUUCUGCUAAAUUUUUAGCUCUUUUCAUAUCUAAAAAAGUUUGGAUUCCAAAUUUUUCUUGGGCAAAUCAUAUGAAUAUCUUUAAUAAGAAUGGAUUUAGGGAUAUUCAUUAUUAUUCAUAUUAUGAUGUAAAAUCAGGUCAAUUGACAGUAGAUGCUUGGUUAAAGGACCUAAAAGAAAAGGUAAGUAAAGAUAAAUCACCUGAACCACAUUGUAUAAUAUUACAUGCAUGUUGUCAUAAUCCAACUGGGUUGGAUCCUACAAGGGAAGAUUGGGAUAAAAUUAUUGAUACAAUUAAUGAAUUAAAGAUGAUUCCAAUAAUAGAUAUGGCUUAUCAAGGUUUAGAGUCAGGAGAUCUAAUUAAAGAUGCAUAUUUAUUAAGGAAAUGUAUCAACCCAAAAUAUGUUUGGGAUAAUGGAUUAUUUUUAUGUCAAUCUUUUGCGAAAAAUAUGGGCUUAUAUGGUGAAAGAGUUGGUUCAUUAAGUAUUGUAGCACCAAGUCAUUCCCAACCAAGGGUAAAGGAAGCUGUAGAUUCUCAGUUGAAAAGAAUUAUUAGAUCAAUAUAUUCUUCACCACCUGGAUAUGGUUCAAGAGUUGCAAGUCUUGUCUUAUCAGAUCCAGAUUUGAAAUCACAAUGGUUUAAGGACGUUACUGUAAUGGUUAAUAGAUUACAAGGUAUUAGGGAUCAAUUAUCUUCGAAUUUAGAUUGGAGCACAGUAAAUGAUUCUCAACAACAUGGGAUGUUUUACUUUACAAGAUUUCCGUUACCUGUAGUUCAAGAGUUAAGAGAUAAAUAUUCCCUCUAUUUGACUGAUGAUGGCAGAUUAUCUUUGAGUGGUAUUAAUGAUUCGAAUAUAGAAUAUAUUUGUGAUACAUUCAAAAAAAUUGAAAAUCAAUCCAAAUGA